AUGACGAUGAACGAUGGGCAGGGCAACAUUGGCGACCUCGAAGCCGACGAUGACGAUGACGCUGGUGUGGGCACUCAGGCCAAAGCCGAGGCGAUGGAUGAGGAUGACGACGACGUGGAUCCCCUGGACGCUUUCAUGAGCGGGGUUAAGGAAGAGGUGAAGAAGGUGAACAUGGAGGAUAUGAAGAAGAUGAAAACCACAGCAGCACUCGGAGUCAGGCUGGAUGAGCGGGAGGGCGAGGAGGGUGAGGAGGAGGGGCCUGAACCCGAUGAGCUCGACUCCACGAACCUCAACCCUGAAGACAUCCUUGCGCUGGCGGCGAAGAAGGCCAGGAAGAAGGACCUUGCGGCAAUCGACCAUUCACGCAUCCCGUACGAGCCUUUCCGCAAGGAGUUCUAUGUCGCCCCGCCGGAUGUUGCAGAGAUGACUGACGAGGACGCGGAGUUGCUGCGGCUGGAGCUCGACGGCAUUAAAAUCCGAGGCGUCGACUGUCCUCGCCCUGUCACGAAAUGGAGCCACUUCGGACUUCCUGCAAGCUGCCUGGAAGUGAUCAAGAAGCUGAACUAUGCGGCACCCACGCCCAUUCAAGCACAAGCCGUUCCCGCAAUCAUGUCAGGCCGCGAUGUCAUCGGCGUCGCGAAAACCGGUUCGGGAAAGACCAUCGCUUUCCUCCUCCCAAUGUUCCGGCAUAUCAAAGACCAAAGACCUUUGGAGCAAAUGGAAGGGCCCGUUGCGGUAGUCAUGACUCCGACCCGCGAACUAGCGGUGCAAAUUCACCGCGAAUGUAAGCCAUUUCUCCGGGUCUUGGGCCUCCGCGCCGUUUGUGCAUACGGCGGGUCUCCUAUCAAAGACCAGAUCGCGGAAAUGAAGAAGGGCGCCGAAAUCAUUGUCUGCACUCCGGGUCGGAUGAUCGAUCUACUCACCGCGAACUCUGGACGGGUCACGAACUUGAAGCGAGUGACAUACAUGGUCCUCGACGAGGCUGAUCGGAUGUUCGACAUGGGUUUCGAACCGCAAGUCAUGAAGAUUGUGAACAACAUCCGUCCGGACCGCCAAACGGUGCUCUUCUCAGCCACGUUCCCGAGGCAGAUGGACUCGCUUGCGCGCAAGAUCCUGAAGAAGCCUCUCGAGAUCACCGUCGGCGGGCGCUCCGUGGUGGCUGCCGAGAUCGACCAGAUCGUGGAAGUGCGGGAAGAAGACAGCAAGUUCAACCGCCUGCUGGAGAUCCUUGGGCAGACGUACAACGAGGACCCGGAGUGCCGGACGCUUAUAUUCGUCGACCGCCAAGAAGCCGCCGACAACCUGCUUCGGGAGCUCAUGCGCAAAGGGUACCUUUGCAUGUCACUGCACGGUGGCAAAGACCAGGUCGACCGCGACUCGACGAUCGCGGACUUCAAAUCCGGUGUCGUGCCGAUCGUCAUCGCCACCUCCGUCGCUGCACGUGGUUUGGACGUGAAGCAGCUGAAGCUUGUGAUCAACUUCGACGCCCCGAACCACAUGGAGGACUACGUGCAUCGUGCUGGGCGCACGGGACGGGCGGGAAACAAGGGGACGUGCGUCACGUUCAUCACGCCCGAGCAAGACAGGUAUUCGGUCGACAUCUACCGUGCCCUCAAAGCGAGCAAUGCCACGGUUCCGAAGGAGCUCGAAGACCUCGCCAACGGCUUUUUGGAGAAAGUCAAGUCUGGGAAGGCGAAGGUGGCAGGGUCCGGGUUCGGAGGCAAGGGUCUCGACCGUCUCGAUCAAGAACGCGACGCGAAAGAGAAGGCGGAGCGCAAGGCGUACGGCGAGCCGGAAGAAGAGAAGGCUGCGGCGGAGGCUGCGGCAACGACAGAGACCAAGACGGGGCCGGACGAGAUGACGUUCGGCAACAUCCAGGUCGAGGUCAAACGCGGGCCGGCGCCGGACUCGUCGAAGGGCAUGCUCGGGGUGGCGGGGGCUGCGGCUGCGGCGCGGCGGCUGGCGCAGGCGAAGGAGGAGGAGAAGCUGCAGAACUCGCUCAAGGCGGCGCAGGAGGCGGCGGAGCGGGCGGGGAAGGACACGGCGGCGAGCAAGCAGGCGCUGAGCGUGGUGGCGAAGCUGAACGCACAGCUGCGCGCGCACAAGCUCGUCGCGCAGUCGCAGAUCCAGCACGAGGAGCUCACGUCGAAGCGGCCGGCGAUUGACGCGACGGAGUUCCACGCGAUCAUCCCGAUCAACGACUACCCGCAGAAGGCGCGCUGGCGGGUGACGAACAAGGAGACGAUGGUGCAGCUGAUUGAUAUGACGGGGGCAUCGGUGACGAACAAGGGUAUCUACUACGAGGCGGGCAAGGAGCCUCCCGCGGAAGGUCCGCCGAAGCUGCACCUUCUCAUCGAAUCCAACGAAGAGUGGCGGGUGGAACAAGCGGUCCGGGAGAUCAAGCGGCUGCUGGUCGAGGCGUCCGCGGCGGCGUUGCAAGCCGAGAUGCGGAAUCCGACUGCCACUGCGGGCAGAUACAGCGUGGUGUGA